AUGGCAGCUCCCCGCCAAGUUGUCGAUGGCCUUUGGAGGUGUCUCUGCCCGUCAAUCGAUGCGGCACUUUUUCAAAAGACGUCGAGGCUGAGGCCGUUAGUACCGCGCAGGCUCACUUCUACUGUGGCUGCUGCUCAUGAAGAAGAUGGUUCCAGCACUGCACUGCUUACUUCAAACUUGAUGCUAUCACAACAGCAACAACCUGUUAUUGAAGAUGGCUCUCAGCUCGCCCAAAGAUCGAAAAAGACUCGACCAGGGAAACACCAGAGGUUAUGGCAACAUGAAAAAGCCAACCGGAAGCUGCUGAAGGAGCGAUAUCAGCAUGAGGUCUCAUCUUUACCAACUACUACUACUACAACAACAACAACAACAGCCACUACCGACCAACCAGAAACCCCAGCAAUCACCACCCCCUCCCUUGAAAUCCUCACCUUCCCCGACAACACCAUCCCCCCAUCUCUCCUCGCCUCCUUGUCAACCCCCACCCUCCUCCUUACCCUCACCCGCCUGUUGACUUCCCACUCCAAACACACCAAACGCUUCACGGGUCUCAAAAUCAGAUCACUAGUCCACUACCUCGUCACCGACCGUCACCAACCCCCGAAUGAACUCCUCUACCGGGCAUUGGUUGUUGCAAACUGGGAUCCAGAACGGGGUUCAGCCUGGGAGCUCGAGGACAUUCUCAAGGAGAUGGACAAAGCCAGUAUUGCCCCUAGCAAGGAGUUUUGGAGGGCGGCGAUUAAAUUGCUGGCUAUUCACCCUGAUUACACGCUUAGGAACUUGAUAUUGAGACGGAUAGGGGUUGUUUACGGGGAGGAGUUGAUCAAGGAGGUGAGGGAGGAUGUUAUUUUGGGGUUACUGAGGGAGAGGCAGGAGGAGCUGGCGUUGGAGGCGUUGGAGGAGGUGGUGGGGUGGGAAGAGGAGGGGGAAAGGAGGUGGAUGAGUGGGACGGGGUGGGAUACUGUGGUUCAUGUACUGGGAAAGAGGGGGUAUACGGAGGAGGCGUUUCAGGUUUUGAUGAUGAGGGUUGGGUUGGAGACUGGGAGGGAGGAAGGGAGGGGGGAAGAAGGGAGGUUGGACGGGGUGCCGAUGGAGGUGUGGUAUUAUAUGUUGGAGGAGUGUUCGAGGGAGAGUUAUCUCGAGGGGACGAAAUACCUCUGGGGGAAGCUGGUGGAGAAUGGGCUUGUGGUGCCGAGUGAUGGGAUGUUGAAUAAUACUCUGAACACCGGGGCAAGGCAUUGUGAUGAGGAGCUAGCAACAGCCGCGUUUAAGGAGUUGGCUGGGAGGGGGAUCAAGAUGACGGAGUUGCAUUAUGAGGCGUUGGUGGAUUGCUAUGCUGAUCAGGGGAAAUUGAAGGAGGCGUUGGAGGUGGCGAGCAUCAAGGCCGAGUCGUACCCCGGGUUGAAGGAGGAGUCGAGGAGUAUACUGAGGUUGUUGGUGAGGGAGCCGGAGAUGGCGAAUAGGGUGUUUGAGAUUUUGGGAGAGUUGAAGGAGAAGGGGAGGAAGGUGCCAGCUUCGGGGCCGGUGGCGCUGUUGGAGUUUGUGGGCUUGCAGGGGGAUAUGGGGGCGUUGGUGGACGCGCUUGAGAGGGUGCAGCCGCUUAUGGAGGGGAGUGAUUGGGGGCUGGGAUACCUGUGUAGACAGGCCAAGACGGCGGAGGAUUGGAACCUGAUUGCUCGGGCCUAUCCGCGGAUCGACCCAACGAUGACGGUGAGGAAGCCGUUGGUGGCCCUUAAUGAUACGGUGCGCAAUCUUGCGGCUGACAGGGAGGGGGACCUUGACCUGGCGUUUGCGCGGUUGUGGGAUAUGGGGGAGCAUUUGGUCCAAAGAGUCGCCAAGUACCCCACGGACGACACUCUGAUGGCGUUGCUGGAUCGGUGCUACUGGGAGAAGGAUUCCAGAAUCUGGGCCGUCAUUGACUUGGCUAGGGAGAAGGGGAUCCAGGUGGAUGAGACCGACAUGAAGAAGUUGAGCACAAUUCCGAAGCCGGAGAGAUUUUUGUUACUAGCACCCGCAGGCAAGUCUUAG